CUCUCUCUCUCUCUCUGACUCAUCAAAUGUGAAAAAAACUCACCCAUUUGACCUAAAAGCAAAACCCCACACCCAAUUUUGGCUUUUCCUCAAAUUUUCCCUCAUUUCUCAUAGGCGCUUUUACUCGCUCCUUUCUUCAUUCAGUUGUUAAAGCCUCCUCUUUUCCUGUUUCUUUAGCCAUUUGUGCAAUAUUGGCUGAUGGGUAUGCUUUCAUUUGCUUGAAUUUUGGUGUUUUCUGGUUUGUUUUCCAUCCUUAUCAACAAAGAAUCACAAAUCGUCUCUACAUUAUGUAUCUGUUUGAGUGAGAGUAUGCAGAGCUUUGAAUCAGAAGAGCUUGUUUGACUGCAAAAAAACAUUCAAAGUCUUAACAUAUUGCGAUGAUGUUCUUUUGAAUCCCAAGAUAUCAAAAUGGGUGGUUGUGUCUCUACAAGCAGCCAUAGUACUUGUAGUAGCCAGAGCAAUGGGGAAUCCGUUUCUUCUUCGUGUAUGGGAAUUAGAUUUCGAGGUCGAAAGCGAUCGAACUCCGACCAUGUUUAUGUUCUUCAGAAUCUUCCUUCAGCUCCCAACAGGAUCUUCUUGAAUGGAAAGAGUAAUUCUUCUUGUAUUUUCACGCAACAAGGUCGCAAGGGCGUAAACCAGGACGCCAUGGUUGUGUGGGAAGAUUUCAUGUCGGACGACACGAUCUUUUGUGGUGUUUUUGAUGGUCAUGGACCUUACGGUCACCUUGUUUCUCGACGAGUGAGGGAUACAUUGCCUAUAAAGUUGCUGUCGUUUUUUCAGUCUCCUCAGUUGAAGCAGAAUGUCUCUGGUAAAACCUGUUUCCAGAGGAAUUUGAAGACAUCUCGAGAAUGUGACGAUUCUGAGAAGGAUUGUUUCAUCGAGGACUCGCAGAAUUCGGUAUGGCGAGAUGCGUUCUUGAACUCGUAUAAAGCUAUGGAUAAGGAGUUGAGAUCACAUCCUAAUCUGGACUGCUUUUGUAGUGGUAGUACAGCAGUCACCAUAGUUAAACAGGGGUCAAAUCUGUUCAUGGGGUACAUCGGGGACUCUCGAGCAAUCCUUGCCUCGAAGGACGCCAAUGAUUCGACAGUGGCGGUUCAGUUGACCGUGGAUCUUAAGCCAGAUUUGCCAAGAGAAGCUGAAAGAAUAAAACGGUGUAAAGGUAGGGUGUUUGCAUUGCAAGAUGAGCCUGAAGUGCCAAGGGUGUGGUUACCUUUCGACGAUGCGCCCGGUUUAGCCAUGGCUCGUGCUUUUGGAGACUUCUGUUUGAAAGAAUAUGGAGUUAUCUCUAUACCUGAAUUCUCACAUCGAACCCUCACCGACGCUGAUCAGUUCGUCGUUCUUGCAUCAGACGGGGUAUGGGAUGUGUUGAGCAAUGAAGAGGUGGUUGACAUAGUGUCCUCGGCCUCAUCCCGGGCAUCAGCUGCGAGAUCCGUGGUGGACUCUGCUGCUCGUGAAUGGAAACUAAAAUACCCGACCUCGAAAAUGGAUGAUUGUGCUGUUGUCUGCUUAUUUUUGGAUGGGAUGAUGGACUCCGAAUCCGAUUGUGAUGAACAAGGCUUCUCAUCUGCAACGUCGCGUAGUAUCCAUUCGGGUGCUGCUAUUGAAUCCGAUGAUGGCCAGAAGUCUGAGCCAUGUCUGCAAAGGAAUAACACUGUGAGAUCAUCUGAGGACAACAAAACUUAUGGGGGAUUAGCUGAUGAUGACAGAGAGAUUGGUGAAGCUGUACCUGCAGAAGAUCAAAACUGGUCGGGUUUGGAAGGCGUCACUCGAGUGAACUCGCUCGUUCAACUUCCUAGAUUUUCCGACAAAAGUCCAGUGUCGUAGGAUUUAUAGAAUUCUAGAAUUGUGAACUCAAAAAUGUUUCAAACUGCUGCAAGGUUACAGGUUUGUGCAGGUACACAUUUUUGGCACCACCAUAUGAUGAAUUGCACAAAAGUGAACUGGUUUCAUAGAUCAA